UUCCGGAGCGGCCGCGGCACUGCUCGGUGCCGGCAGCUGGCGGGGAAGAGCGGGUAGCCAUGGAGUUGCGCAGGAUCCGCCCGGUCUUGCGCGGCGGAACUCACCCGCCUGGGCGUCGGGGCACGGGCGGGGCGGGGUGGUCCCACCCCCGCAGGCGGAGCCGGGUCCGGUCGACAAGAUGGCGGCGGGCCUGAGGGCGCUGAGGCGCUGGGGGUCGGUGGUGGCAGCAGCACCACCCAGCCUUGCUUUUACUCGUUCUGCAUUUGUUGUGAAGAAAGUGAAUAAUGCCCAACCAAACUGGCUGGGAGUUGGCUUGGCAUUUGGCACCAGUGCUGCCUUGUGGGCUGUGCUUGUCAAGCAGCAUAAUGAAGAUGUAAUGGAAUAUGAAAGAAGAAAACAAGCAAGAGGACAUAAGUGUAGAGAAUGUUCAUAG